AUGUCUUCUCCACCCCUCGCCCCCUACAAAGCCUCUUUCCUCACCACCUCCCUCGAAGCCUCAAUCCUAACCUUCGGCUCCUUCACCCUCAAAUCCGGGCGCACAUCCCCCUACUUCUUCAACGCAGGCUCCUUCCACCGCGCCGACCUCCUCCGCGCCAUCUCAACCGCCUACGCCCAACUCAUCAUCGAGAAUGCCUCUUCCCCCACCCCGAUAGAAUUCGAUAUCCUCUUCGGGCCCGCAUACAAGGGGAUUCCCCUCGCAACGGCAACAGUCGAUAAACUGGCCGAGUUACAGCCGGAGAAAUACGCUCAAUUGAGUUACUCUUUUGAUAGGAAGGAGGCUAAGGAUCACGGCGAGGGGGGCAAUAUUGUAGGUGCGCCUCUGAAGGGAAAGAGGGUUUUGAUCGUGGAUGAUGUUGUGACGGCGGGGACGGCAAAGAGGGAGGCCAUUGACAAGAUCAGGAAGGAGGGGGGCAUUGUGGUGGGGAUUAUUGUGGCUUUGGAUAGGAUGGAGACUCUACCUGGUGCUGAGGGUGGACGAAGUGCCAUUGGGGAGAUUAGAAGGGAGUUUGAUCUUCCCGUGUUGGCUAUUUUGACGAUGAAUGAUAUCAUUGCUGCGUUGAGUGGGAAGGAGGGUGGUGAGGAGGAUAUGAAGAGGAUGGUGGAGUAUAGAGAGAAGUUUGGGGCUACUGAUUAA